AUGCUGCGACUAUCACAGCUCUUCGAAGCCAGCAACCGGCGCGACGGCGACGCAGCAGACAUCGCAGCCCCGUCCUCCCAUCCCUCGUCCUGUCUCGCAAGGCCGCCGCCGCCGCCUGAAUCGCCUGAAUCGCCCGAAUCCAUGAUCUCCUCGAACCCGGGGUCGCCCGUCACCUCGCUCUUCUCGACCAGGACGCACACCCGCUUCCCCAGCUCGGUCUCGUCGCUGGCCUCCUCGCCCGUCACCAGCUCGCCCGACGGCUUCGGUGGCACCAAGACGCAGCUGACGGAGGUCAAGGAAGAGCCCGGCGAGCGAGAGACCGGCUGUGUCGAGAGAGAUGGUUACUUUCUCAAGAGCAAACAAGAUGCUAACGUCAGAGGCUUAGCUCACUUUAAUGACUUCCAUGCCGCCGCUGCCGCCGCCGCAUACGACGACAGCCAUCUCUCGCUGGACUCGCACGACUUCGACCAGAUAGACACCCUCGACGCCGUGGGCGCCUUCAAGAAGCGGAGGUCGGACAGCAGGUCGCUGCGCCAGAUAUCCCGCAUCAGCACCCGCUUCUCCUCGCUCUCGUCCAAAUGGAAGCAGACCAAGCCCUCGUCGAUCGCAGAUACAGUCGCUACGCGCGAUCGGUACGAAGACUCUCUCAGGUCUCGCGCCAAUUCAGCCACUUCCGCCCUCGCCAGCCCGGCCGCCAGCUUGAUAUCCGCCCGCCAGAGCCUCUGUGCCCCCUCGCCGGCUAGGACGACGUUCGAGGAACGCCUGAACGAGGCUGGCGUGGCCGGCCUCGACAUCGAACGGGCGAACCAGCAGUUCGACGGAGAGCCAGAGAGGCAUGUCCGGACGCCGCUGCUCCCACCGGUCAUGAUGGACCUGCCACACAUCGACAAGGACCAGCAUAUCGACUCCCCGCUGGAGUCCCCGUCCAUUGCUCCCGUGGCAGACUCUCGGGACACCGACAGCCCGCCCAUCACCUCCAUAAGCGACGUUAUGCCGCCGACCUCGCCGGUGUCGCCCAUUACCUCUGCUCAUCCCUCCAUGUCCUCCAUCAGCCGCCAGCUGGCCAUGUCUCGCCUCUACUCGACCCGCAUGGCCAUGUCUGACUCCGUGGACGAGUGGUCCUGCAAGCUGGGACACGCAAACUUCACCAUCUACCCCGAGCCAUACGUUCCCGAGAUCUGUGACAGGGAGGCCCUGAACAACUUCCGUGCCAACUGGGAGCUUGCUCGCUGCAACUACGCAAAACACCUUGCACGGACUGAUGAACACUACGGCUCCACCUCGCAUAUAUACAAACUCACCGAAGAGAAGUGGGUAUCCGUCAACAGCCAGUGGAAGAACGGCUACAACCAUGUCAUCGCCAACCUCGAGGACGGCAACGGUAACCGUCUCUCUCUCAGCCCGUCAGAGAUGCUCCACUGCUCCCAGGACGCCGUCAAGAUACCUGGCCUUCACGACAAGAACAAGUUCCCGGAACUCGGAGACGAAGACAUCGUCGGUCCCAUGUCUGUCGGGCCCGGUCUACAACACUGCCGAUCCAGUGACGAUAGGAUCCUCUCCAAAAAGUCCAUCCUCAAGUUCUUGAACGGUCUCUUUAGCCUCCGCAAGAGCUCAUAA